CAGCAGCAGCUGCUGAUAUAACCUACACACCACUGAGUAUUUCUCCAUCUAUUAGGUGUCAUGCAUCCAGUUUAAUAGCUAGUACACGUGCAGACAGUGAGUCAUUAAUUAAUUCUGAGGGAACUUGAAGAAGAAAACGAUCCAGUGUUGAGAUCCGUGCGUCACCGGGUCCCCGGCGGUGGUGACGCGUACUGCUCCUCAGUCGUGCUUCGCUUCAACCCGGCUUUAAAAAAAAAACGGGCCAGUGAGACCGCUCACCGAUCGCCGAUUAACACAUUAAUUGAGCCCAUCAACCAAUCGUUCGGUCGCGACCGUGGCGCCUCGCCCACGGCAUGACCUCCGGAGUGACGCGUCUCUCCGAUGAGAGGGCGGAGGGAAGAGCGCCGGAGGAGAUGCGCAUAUCUGCAGGUCUCUAGCGCUGUCGUAAAACAAGUGUCGGGAGCAAGUGAGCUAAAAUUAAAGCGAUGCCAGGAGUAACCAAGUACAAUUUAGUGGAUGACGCGCAAGAUUUGAGGAUCCCCAUGCACAACGAGGAGGUGUUUAAGCAUGGGGUGUGCUUCGAGGCAAAGUACAUAGGCAGUUUGGAGGUGGGCCGCCCCGGGAGCCGAAUGGAGAUAGUUGCAGCAAUGAGGAGAAUCAGAUAUGAAUUCAAGUUGAAGAACAUAAAGAAAAAGAAGGUCAACAUUGUCGUAUCUACUGACUUCGUCAAAGUGAUUUUGCGCAAAAAGAGGAAGAGAAAAGGGUGGUCGUGGGACGACAACACCAUCUUGGUGACACAGGAUCCUAUCCACAGGAUCUUUUACGUCUCACAUGAUGCUCAAGACUUAAAGAUAUUCAGUUAUAUAGCCAGAGACGGACAGAGCAACAUUUUCCGCUGCAACGUGUUUAAGUCUAAGAGAAAGUCUCAGGCCAUGAGGAUUGUGCGGACAGUGGGUCAGGCAUUUGAUGUGUGUCACCAGCUGACCCUGCAACAGAAAGACGACGAGCAGGAGGAUGAGGAGGGGAAGGCGGAGGAGCUGCAGGCGGUGCCAGCAAAGAAGAGGUUUGCAUUGUCAGAGGAGACAGACCUUGAAGCCACUACAGAGGAGAGCAUUGAGUGCGUCUCAUCAUCAGACCCGGAGAAGAGUAAAAAGGACGAGGCUCUUGGUAAUGAUGGAAAGGUAUCUGAUAACCCGUCUCUUCUGCUGAGCUCGCCCAUCCUUGGAGCCUCUGUGCUGGCUCAUGCUGCAGCAGGGGGAUCCUGCUCUGCAGAGCACCAGGUCCACUUCCUUCAGAAACAACUGCAGCAGCAGGAACAACAAGCACUAGCAGCUUCAGCGCAGGUAAAUGUUUUGCAGGAACAGCUGUCGGUGGAGUUGUGUGCUCGGACUGAAGCCCAGGCCAGAGUGCAGAGGCUGCUGCAGCAGAACACAGACCUGCUGCAGCACAUUUCCCUGUUGGUCAAACAGAUCCAGGAGCUGGAGCUCAAAGCUGCGGGCCAGUUAACAUCCAUGGGUUCCCAGGACAGUCUUCUGGAGAUCACAUUUCGUGCAAAGCCUCCCGGUGUUCCUCAUGAACCCCCCACCCCUUCCUCAUCUACAGGCCUGUUAGCAGCUCAGUCCCAGCUUCAGAUUAGCAAUAGUGCCUGGGUCUCUGUCCUGCCCGGGUCCUGCUCUCCAGGCACCAUGGGCGCUGACACCAUCCCCUCGGGGCUUAGCAGCAGCGGAGUUAGGCUUGAGUGCUUCCGCUUUGCUUCCCGAGCGGCAGACAGCCAGGAACAGGGACAGGACACAGGGGAGACUCCCAGCGACGGGGCCCCCGAUGAAAGCUCGCUGCUGGGGGAGCAGGUCCUGGGAGCCCUGGAGUUGCUUCGUUUCAGGGAAUCUGGGAUUGGAUCAGAGUACGAAUCAAACACAGAUGAGAGCGAUGACCGGGACAGCUGGGGCCAGGGGGAGGGAGCGGGGGCCGACGGAGGAGCCCGACUUUUAAAUGUGCUGAAUGCAGAGAGUCUGCCAGACUGCUUGGGAGAUGAAAUGGCUGUUUAGUGGUGCUGUGAAAGCUGCACUAGGCAACUUUGAAUCUAUGUAAAAGCCCAAUGGGAAAUAAGUAAAAUUCAGAAUCUGAAAUUAUCUGUAUAACGUGACAGAAAACUGCAUAAUCUGCAGGAAUAAAUUGCUUGUCGCGCUCACUCACUGCUGUCCUGGCAAAAGUUUGACAUUUUUUGCCCUUUUGAUUUGCACAGCUUAAGAAAAUGUCCGUCUGGUUCACUGGUAGCUCUGUGGAUUGUUAUUUCUUGCUAUUAUGUAGUUAAUAUGUCACACUUCUGCAACACAGAAAAAUGUAAUGCAUUACUUUAGAAUCCGUGACACCCAACUAGGGCAGUAAUAUGAUAAUAAUAAUAAUAAUAAUAAUAAUAAUAAUAAUAAUAGCAGAAACGUCUUAGAAUCAAUGAGCAUGCUGUUUGCAAAUCAUCCAUAUUUUUGUUAAUCCUUGGUAACUGCUAUAUAAUAAAUUUAGACAUCAUAAUGUCUAAAGCCAUGCUAGCUGCUCUAUGAGGGUGAGCUAAAUGCUAUGCUAAUAUGCACACAAAUGCUGUGUCAAAAAUUGCUGUACUUC